UAUUAUUUCACCAUGAAGCUGUUGGUAAUAGUCGCUACGGUCGUGGUAUCAUCAGCGGCUCCCCAAGGCUAUCACCUGGAUACGCCUACAGGACUAAGCUUUGGAAUAAGAGGUUCAGGCUUAGGUUUCGGAGCAGGAGCUUCAGGCUCAGGUUUUGGAACAGGAAGUUCAGGCUCAGGUUUUGGAACAGGGGGAUGCGGGCCCGGAAGGGUGCUGCAUGUUGACGGCAGAUGCGUCAUUCCACGCGUCAACCGCAAAGUUUACUUGUAUGACGCGCCACCUGCACCCGUGUCCCAUGGUCCCCCACCUUAUAUUCCUGAGCCAACUGUUGAGACGAACAUCGUGUUCAUCCGAGCACCAGAACAAGGACAAGGACCAGAUCCUAUUGUCAUACCUCCUCCUAGACAAGAACAUGUCGUGUACGUCCUUAACAAAGAGUCGCCACAGCAACAGGAAGUGAUCGAACUCCCAGCUCCGCCAGCGAGCGAACCUGAAGUUUACUUCGUGAACUACGGUGACGGCGAGAACCCGGUUCUUCCCAGCGGCGUUGAUCUCCAGACUGCCCUGAACGCAGCUUCCCAAGGUGGUGGUCAAGUGGUCGGAGGCGGUGCCGGAGGCGCUGGGGGAGGAUUCGGAGGUAGUGGAGGAAUCGGUGGAUUUGGAAAUAUAGGAAUCAGUGGAUUUGGAGGUAACGGAGGAAUCGUUGGAUUCGGAGGAAGUGAAGAAAUCGGUGGAUUUGGAGAAAGUGGAGGGGUCGGUGGAUUCGGAGGAAGUGGAGGAAUUGGUGGAUUUAGAGGAAGUGGAGCAAAUGGUGGUUUCGUAGGAGGUGGAGGAUUCGGAAGCAGUGCUAUCAACGGCGGUCUCGUGAGCGGUGGCGACAGCGGACACUUUGGCGUCAGUCGUGUUUCCUCUCCUCCAAGCCUUUAUUCCUUGCCUUAACUCUCUAUUCCGAUAAAGAUUAGUUCUUUCUGUUUUUCCU